CUCGUUCAGUCAAACUCGCUCUGACUUCAGCUCCAACAACACUGAGAGAGAGAGAGAGAGAGAUGUGGCUCCACUGUCUGCUGCUGUUGAUCGCUCUGAGCCGCUCUGCGGGAGAACCUGAUCCACCAUCGAUCCGUCUAAAUUCUGACUUCCUACCAAGUAAAUCUGAUCGAGUUCUUACUGCCGGCACCGACUUCAGCCUCAGUUGCCAUGGUAACGGGUCAGUUCACUGGACCAGCACCGCAUUUCCACUGGUGUAUCGGGGCAAUCUACCAGACCCUGUGGAGGUCAAACGUGCUACACGCAGGCACACUGGAACAUACACCUGCAGAUACACCAACGAGAGCCUGGCGCACCUGAACAGCUGGAUCCACCUGUAUGUCACAGACCCAGCAGAUCCCUCCAAAGUGUUUGAAACCCCUCAGGGCAACCCCAGUCUCAAGGAGGGUGAGGACUUCCUGUUCAAGUGUCUACUGACUGACCCCUUGGUCACAAAUCUCACCCUUCAAUCAGAGGAUGGGAGGAACCUGCCAACCGCCAUGAACGUGACCUUUGAUCCUCGAAGAGGAGCCCUAAUCCGAGACCUGAAGACUUUGUUCAAUGGACGCUACGUGUGUUCAGGCUGGAAGGAUGGCAGACAGUUCAGAUCCAGGCCCGUGAACCUACUGGUGUUCCCUGUGUUGCACCACCCCCCCUCCCUGUCUGUUAGUCAGGAUGAAUUUGUCCGUCUGGUAGGAGAGCGUUUUGAGGUUACUUGUCUCUGCAGUAACCCCACCCACUUCUAUAAUGUUACCUGGAGAGACCCAAGGAAGCAGAAACUGGAAGCCACUCAAAGUCGUUACUAUAGUAACGGGCGGCUGUACAUCAACAGCACUCUGAGCAUAUCUGAGGUCACCCAAACGGACAGUGGACAGUACAUGUGUACGGCAGUUAACGAGGCCGGGGUUGCCACAGCAACCAUCCAGCUCAAGGUGCUAGACCACCCUUACCUGAGGAUCUACCUGCAGACGAGUGAGCACGUACAGGUCAGAGGACACCUGUCUGCAGCAGAUGAACUACAGGUUAACGUUACCGGUGGCUCACUGGAACCCGUCACUAAUGUUAGUGCUUACAGAGCUAGCAGCGCUAAAAUUAACGGCAGCAGCAGGGUGGAGGUUUAUGAAGGUCGUGACGUGGCCCUCACCUUCCUGCUGAACGCCUAUCCUCCAAUCACAUGCCAGCUCUGGACCACACCCACACACCUCAUCAACAAUGACAGUACGGUGUACCAGGAGAGCUAUGCUGCUAACAGCUACAGCUCAGAGGCCACCCUGCUGCUGCACCGCGUGCGUCCAGAGGAUCGGGGGAAAUACUUGUUUCAUUUCUCUAACUCCUUUUUCAGCGGCUCACACACCAUCGACCUCAAGAUCUACCGUUUUCCAGCUACUGAUGUCACUUUGGAGGACAAUACUCUGAUGUGCAACAGCUCAGGAUAUCCACUACCCACAAUUCUGUGGUUCACCUGUCCUGGCAUCCAGGCCUCGUGUGCACACAUUGCUACCAAUGAGGUUUCUCAGGCCAGUGUGACCUCACAGGAUGGUGAGGAGGUGAGGUCCCACUUCCUCCUAUCAGCUGAUGAUGAUGUCACUGUGGAGUGUGUUGCCUCCAACCUCAUGGGAGAGUCGCUACGGGUCUUCCAUCAUCGGAUUCCAACCAUCUUCACUCCACCUCUGAUUGGAGUUCUGAGUGCCACCGCUGUCCUCUUCUUGCUCCUAUUGGUCGUCUUCUACAAGUGCAGACAGAAACCCAAGUAUGAGAUCCGCUGGAAGAUCAUCGAAAGCACUGAUGGAAACAACUACACCUUUGUUGACCCCACCCAGCUGCCAUACAACCAGAAGUGGGAGUUUCCCCGAGACAAACUGCGCCUCGGUCCCAUCCUGGGCUCUGGGGCUUUCGGGAAGGUUGUUGAGGCCACAGCGUACGGUUUGGAAACUGACAACAAGAUCACCAGAGUUGCUGUCAAGAUGCUUAAACCAAGCGCUGACUCGGAGGAACGGGAGGCUUUGAUGUCUGAGCUUAAGAUUCUCAGCCAUCUCGGCUACCAUGACAACAUCGUUAACUUGCUGGGAGCCUGUACUCGUGGAGGCCCUAUGCUGAUGAUCACAGAGUACUGUAGCCAUGGUGACCUGCUCAACUUUCUGCGGGGUCAUGCUCAGGACAUCAUGGCGUCCAUGGUGACUGUGGAUGAAGUACACGAAGAGGUUUUCUAUAAGAACAUGGCGGCACAGCACGCCAGGCUCCGCAGUGACAGCGGGAUCUCAUGCUGCUCGGAGUAUCAGGAGAUGCAGCCAAUUCUGAAUCCCGGGCAAACAUACCAGGGUGUGCAGACAGAUGGUCUUUCAGUCAGUGACCUCAUGAGUUUUUCCUACCAGGUGUCCCAGGGUCUGGACUUCCUGUCCACCAGGAAUUGUAUCCACAGAGACGUAGCAGCGAGGAAUGUCCUGCUGACUGAUCGUCAUGUUGCAAAGAUCUGCGACUUCGGUUUGGCCCGAGACAUUCGCAAUGAUGACAGUUACAUCGUUCAAGGAAAUGCCCGCCUCCCGGUGAAGUGGAUGGCUCCAGAGAGCAUCUUUCAGUGCAUCUACACGGUGCAGAGCGACGUCUGGUCCUAUGGAGUCUUACUCUGGGAGAUCUUCUCUCUGGGAAAGAGCCCAUACCCAAACAUUGCCGUGGACACCAACUUCUACAAGAUGAUCAAAGAUGGCGGCCACAUGGAGCAGCCUGACUUCGCCCCAGCUGAGAUGUAUCAGCUGAUGAAGCUCUGCUGGAGCCUUGAGCCCACACACAGACCUACCUUCAAAACCAUUGGUCAGCUCAUCAGCAGACUCCUCCCCUCUACCAAUGAUACGUCAUCACGUUACAGCGACCAGCCGACUUAUAGGAACAUCGACGAGUGCAGAGAAGAAGAAGAAGAAGAAGAAGAAAGAAUGAAGAGAGAGGAUGAGGAGCCAGAGCAGGACGACGACGAGGGGAAGGAGUCGAAGAUGACGAACAUCUACCAGCUUUCCUGAACCUCUCGUCCAAUCAGAACUGAGAAGCGGGUCAUAUCUCCUGGCUGAGGACACUCGUCCUCACUGCUGAAAACUUUAUGGACAAACUGCAGCGCCAACCAAACUCUGUGUCACACCAGCGGAUCAAAGCUUUAAACUAUGUGUGAUCUUCUGAUUCUGAUGUUGUUUUUUAAACUUACAUUGAAUGUUUCCAGAUGUGGGCGUUUUUUAUCUCUGAUGCUGAGAGUCGAGUCAUGACGGUGGAUGAUCAUUUUUAUACAAACCAUCCUGUUUCUAAUUCUUCUGAUGUUUCUGGUUGUAAAAUAUCUGAAAUUAGUUUUGCUUUCUUUGGUUUUCUUUAUCAAAUAAAAUGUUCAGUGUGAAACUCAUCCGACUUCACAGCUGUGUGUAACGUGUUGUGAGCCACGUUUCUAAGCAUGUUGGGUUGGUUGCUGUUUCCGUGCGCGUUCUGAGUGCUCACUGUGUAUUUUGUGAUAAACCUGCCAAUGCUCGUCUGAUGUUUGUGUAACAAUAAAGUUUCUGUGAUGAUUUGGUUCACCUGUCA